CAGGUUUCCAAGUGUCGGAAAAACCUUCUACGGCUGCUACACGUGGGCGAGUUCAGCAAAGCGGCGCAGUUUGAAGACCCUUGCCUCACCUUUGUAUUGCCUGAGGUUAUCUGUAACUUCUGCAUGGAGUGUCGCGACAUUGAUCUCUGCCGAGAUGUCCAUAAAGAGGAAGGCGAAGACGGAGAGCAAAUCGGAUUCUGGCGGUGUCCGGCAUGUACAACGGAAUACGACAAGGAUGCCAUAGAAUACGCUCUCAUUGAUGUGGUACGGAAGCAGCAGAUUACAUUCAAUCUCCAGGAUCUGGUCUGCGAUAAGUGCAAUGGCAUACAAAGGCUGCUCACGCCGUCCUGUCCGUGCUCGGGUGUGUAUCGCAACCGAACCAGCCGAGAGGAUGUCAUGACAACUGUCAAGACGCUGGAUAGCAUAGCCCAGUUCUACCAGCUGCGAUUACUGCAAGAUGUGUUACAAGAUGCGAAGGAUGGGGCCGUGCCAAUGGAUAUCUCCGGAGCUGCCUGAACCACGUAGCCAGUCUUAAAUUCAUAAGUUAAAAGUGGUACAUAUAGUACAUAUACACAAUAAAGAGGAGCAGGACACUGCUUGGUUGAGCAGUGAGUACUGGGAAUCAAUGAGUUUGUAUUCCGAUUCCAUUUUGGAUAUCUACAAACUAUACGCUUAAGCGAUGGUUUAAUAUCCG